AUGAAAUGUAUAAAAGGUAGGCCCUAUUGAAUUUUGUUAAUCUACUGGAUUUUAUCAGCAUGUUCAGAUUCAUCUUCUUGGUCACGCUGGCGCUGCUGGAAAACUCAGCUUGGGGCGCUCCUCAGUCCGCGCGGAACGGUACAGACCUGGAUGGCAGAAUUGUUGGUGGAACCGACACCACCAUCGAGGCUCAUCCGUACAUCGUAUCCCUCCGGGAAUAUGACUCGCACGUUUGCGGUGGAUCUAUCAUCUCCUCGACCUGGAUUCUUACCGCGGCCCACUGCUUAGAAGGACCAGUUUCUAUCUAUUCCAUCCAAGCAGGAUCGACCGUCCGUAACUCCGGAGGGCAAGUGAUCGCUAUCAGCAGGGUUAUUAUCCACGAAAACUUCAGUUGGAUCACUAUUGACUUCGACGUCGCUCUCGUCCAACUUGCCAGCCCUAUCACCAUCGCAGUGGCUCGUGCUAUCACUAUGGCACCCGAAGGUGGUCCACCAGCAGCCGGAGUGACCGCCGUCGUCACCGGAUGGGGACACAUCGCAGAAGGUGGACCAGCGGCAACUGUUCUUCAGGUGGUCCAGGUCCCCAUCAUAAGCCAGGCCAAUUGCAGGAUUGCUUACGGUGAGAAUUCAAUAACUGACAGAAUGUUCUGUGCUGCGGUUUUGGGAGUGGGAGGCAGAGACGCCUGCCAGUUCGAUUCCGGUGGACCGCUGCUUGCCAACGGAGUUCUUACUGGUAUCGUCUCGUGGGGUAUUGGUUGCGCUCGACCCAACUUCCCUGGAGUAUACGCCAGCGUGCCCAGCCUUAGAGCUUGGAUUAGAACCAAUAGCGGUAUAUGAGAUAUUCAGAAUCUGACUUUGUUUGGAAUAAUAUGCAUUUAAAAUUAAA